CCGACAAAUAAACAAAAUGAAAGUCCUCAAAGACAAAAGUGUGUUACUUUUGUAAACAUACAAAAUAAAUAUAGAAAAAGCUUUAAAAUUUCAUGUUUAUGAUUAAAUUCUAGGAAUAAUCUAAAUGUAAGGGAUACAUUUUAAAUAUUGCAUUAAGUUUUGCUCAUUUAAAUAGUAUGAUAAAAAUGAGUCACUUUCACUUACUUAACUACGUCGUCGUCGUCUAUCACUGAAACUGACUGAAUCCUCUACUGACUUACUACUUACAGUUGUGGUAAUCUAUUGAUACUGACUACAAUUUGAGUUUGACUUUAAAAAAAAACCACCUAAUCUACAUAAAACUGUUGCAACUUAAAAUUUUAAUAAUGAAAGUUUAAAGUAAGUAGGUAAUGCUUCAACUUCAAGGAUAAACCUGGAUAAAUAAACAACUGUUUAAAUUUUAAAAACGGCUUUUUUUGUUGCUAAUUUAUCUGAGUAUUUAUUAAUUUAUUACUAUUUGUCAUACAUUUUUAAUAUUUAAUUUUAUUGAAUUUGAUUGUAAUGAUUUAUGGUAUCAGGAUCGUGGCUAGCAUUAAUUAUUGAGCCAGUUUAAAUUAUGCAAACCAAUUCAGACCAAUGCUUUUAUUUAAAAGAAUAAAGCUACCAUAACUCUCAUACACGUUUAAAGUCUUACUGACUGAGACUACUGGUACUAAUAGGCCCAAUCUUAAAAAGUCUUUACAGACUCUAAGUUUAAUUUAAUCGUUACUUUAUUAGACUCAUACUAACUACCUAAGACUAAGAAGUUGUCUAAGUCAGGGGUAGGCAAACUUUUUGCAAGGAGGGCCACAUUGACAAAUGUAAAGCUAUUGGAGGGCCGCAUGUAUAUUAUGCCAACUUUUUACAUGUCGAUAAACAUUUCUUUAAAUUAAAAUUAGCAAAUUCACAUUUUAGCAUUACAUGACAAAAGUCAAGGACUGUUUAAGUUUAAAAAAUAGAAAAUUAGAAAGAAAUUUGAUCAAAAAUGUUAAAACAAUCAUAACGGUAUUUCUGUAAAAUUCAACAAAAUAACUUAAAAGCAAAGUAAUUUUUUUUAUUUCUAAAUGCCUUUGAGGGCUGCAUAAUAUCAGUUGCGUGCGGCCCAUUGGCCGUAGUUUGCCCACCCUUGGUCAAAGUCUUAAAUCUCUUCUCUGAGUCAUCUAUCAGUUUCUGUCUUCACUUACUAGUUGUAGUAGUGAGGGUGUUCUGAGUCUCUAGACAGAGUUCAGGUACUUUUUUUUAUAUAAAUCUUAAUCUUUAACUACUAACUUAACUAAGUAUAAGAAUGUAUAAUUAGUGAGAAAUAAUUUAGGCCUAGGUCUACUUCAUACAUUGUUAUUGUUAAUCAUGUGCACUAGAGGCUAGUUAAUCCACAUUCACAUACUUAUAAUAAAAAAAGACAAUCACAUAGGAUUACUAAUCUAUAAUUAUUAAAUAAUUAAUCAUGUCUUAAUGCCUAAAUUAAAUUGGACCUACAUCAUAAGAAAUAGUCAUAGUCAGAUGUUUAUGUCUUAAUUCAUUCAGACCUAACCAUAUGAUUUGAGUACCAAAAAAUGUUACCAAAUGCUCCUUCUAGCCCUAUUAAGCUUAUGAGAUUUUUAAAACUUAAUUUAAUGCCCAGCUAUGCAUAUUAUUUUAAAUUUGUGCUUUAUGAUAAUUAAGAAUAUUAAUAAACUAAGGAAACUUCUUUACCCCAAUUUAAAUGGGCUUACUCUACUGAACUCUCAUCGAGUUUAAACUUUCCUCUUAUGUGGCCUGUUACUUAAAUUAAAAUAUAAUUUACAAUUAUAAUUAAACUUUUUAAAAGUUGAAAUACUGCUCACCAAGAUGGAUUAGUGACUCAUUCAUUUCCAUGAGAGUUAAAAAUAACGAAGUGGAUGCGUACACCGCGGCGGUGUACCUAGCGAAACCAUCGGCUUUGGCCUGCGUAAACCGCGGCGGUGUACCUAGUGAAAUCGUGGGCUUUGGCCUGGGUACACCGCGGCAAAAAUUUACCAUUGGCCUGGUUUUAAGAUAUACUUGUUGGAGAAGAUCUUGUGUGGUCAAGUGGUAGAGUGGACGCUUGGCGAUAAUAUAGUUUGAGAUCAAUUCUCAGUAGGGGAUCGAGUUUUUUUCCUCCCAUUUUAGUUUUAAAAUAUUUUGUAGCAAUUGAAACAAUUUAAAUAUAUGUUUAAAUAUUAUAUUAAAUACACUUUAUAUAUUUAUUUAUAUAUAAAAGUGUUUCAACAAGUUGUGCCGGCCUUUGACUUUGAAAAUACCGGUAACUUUAGUAAUAAGACUUUAGACAUUUGAAAACAAACUUAAAGUUUCUGAAAGCGCAUGUAAUACAUGAUGAUCAUGUAUAACAGAAACAUUAUGAAUACUAAGUGACUGAUAUUCUAUUGUAUUUCAACAUUCUUCGUAUAGUUGAAUAUUUACAUUUUACUUUUACGAACAACCAAAGAAAAUACCAGUAUGAAUAAUAUUCAUGCAUAUGAAUAUUAAUGUGCAUGGUCGUAUUUCAACCUUGAACCAUCUUGCUUUCACUAUGCCUUAUGCAUUGGCAAAAUGUACAUACGAUAUCAAAGGUUCAUUCACAACACUCAGUCUCACAGCAAAUCUUUUGAAAACACCUCGAUUUUAGAAACUUGCGGAGCGGUAGCAAACUGUAUAGCAAAGCCAUAGGUCUGCGUUUACCCUUUUCAUGACGUAAUUUGUUUCCAGAAUGGCAUGGCAUGUGCUAUUCUCAGGGUAAAACACGACGUUUUCUCACAGAAACCAUUGCACAAUGCGCCUGGGACAGGAUUUGCACUAUGUCAAAGUUUUUGUAUUUGUUGUUGUUGUUUUUUUUUAAGAAAUCGAUCCUUGCCGGGGAGUGGGGGGUGGUGGUGAGUUAUGGGCAGAGGCUUAACCAAAAAGAGGGCAUUCACAAAUCACGGCUCAGGAUAGGGGUUGUCCACAAAGGACGUCCGCACAACCAACUUACCUUUUGCAUCCCCCCUCCCUCUGCCUGCAUUUUUUUUACUAAUGUGUAAUGCCAAUGUAAAACUAAAUCAAUGAUUUUUAAUUAUUGUUAAAAGACUUUCAAAUAACUGCAGUGUUUCGUAUUGAUCAUCUUACUGCUGUUUUGUGUUGACACAUGCUUGGUGUCACAAUGACAAUGCCUCGGACUACUUUAACUUCACGACUUCAUGAUCAAUGUAUGAGUAUGUGAUUCUCUUCCCGUAGUGUAUUUGUGGCGUAAUUAUAUCAUGGUGCUAACAAAAUAGAUACACUGUCUUCCCAUUCAUUUUUACACCAUGCCCCGAGGGAUCACAUACAAUGUUAUAUUUAUAAGGCACCCCCCCAAAAAAAAAAAAAAAAAACAAACCCAAAACAAAACAACUAACAACUGGGUGGGGGUGGGCAUGAGAGAAUAAUUUCAAAUUAAGAUUCACAAUCAUAUGAUAAAACUUACAAUUAAUAAAUAUAUUUGUAUUUCAAGAUAUUGGGGGAGGGGGGAAUAAAGUGGUUAACUUUAAAAAUAAAUCAUGGUUUAACAUUACACCCCCCCCAGCCCCUUCCCUUCCAAAAAUAAUAAGAAAUGCUUUACAUGCACUUUGCCACAUACGCGUGGACCUUACUCAAUAUCUUCCCAAGGUAAUAAACGAAUUUUUAAUAGUUUUCAGUUUUAACACGAGUAUAACAUUAAAUCUACAAGUACCGGUUAGGCCAAAAAGUUAAAGACUCGCAAAGACCAUAGUUUGGCUACUGUAAAUCGCUGCGGUGUACGCAGGCCACAGACCAUGAUUUAGCUAGGUACACCGCCGCGGUGUACGCAGGCCAAAGUCAAUAGUUUCGCUAGGUACACCGCCGCGGUGUACGUAGUGCCGGCCUAAAAAUAAUGAAGGUGUAGAAAUUCACUUAAAUUUUAAUAUAUUGUUUAAUGAUUGCUGCUGGCAAGUGUCAAUUCUAUUAAUAAUAGACUAACCACUCUGAAUAUUUAUUAAAAGGUAGAAGGAGUCUAAAAUUUCUUUAGUCCAGUUAAAAAGCACUGAAAAGAAAUAAACACUUGCCAAUGGUAAAAAAAUAGAUAUAAUUUAAACAAUCAAUCUAAAUCAGUUGUUGAAUAGUUGGUGUAGAAGUUGGAAUUGAUAAUUCAACAUAAAUGACACAUGUAAAUGAGAUAUAAUUUCUUUUUUUUUUUUUUAUCUUCCCUAGUAAAAUUUAUCAUGUAGCGUAUACAGCAUAUUUAGGCAAAGGGCUGGACUACAACUUAAAUAUAACGGCUCUUUGAGGCUUUAGCCUAACCCAGCAACAUGCCGAAAAUGACUAUGACCAAGACGUCAAAGGGGAAUGCCAAGCAGUUUCCUGUCAAGGUCUUCACCAUGGAUGCUGAGUUGGAGUUUAAGAUAGAGGUUUUAAAUUAUGUACUUUUAGGCUCACAAAAAAAUUUAAAUUUUAUAAUUUGACUUUACAGUCCAAUUACAUUUUCUUUUAUGGUUAAUAUUUAAAGCGAAACUUUUUUUUUAUGUGUCAAAAAAAACAAAUACAGUAGAAAUUGUUCUCUGGCACAAAAGAAAACUUUAGAAAAAUGUUGUGAUGCUUUUUAAAAAUAAAAUGUUCUUGGCUCUUUAAACAUUUGAAAUUCAAUUCAAGCGAAAUCAUUGCAAUGAAAAAGAUGCCUUAUUUUAAAGUGUGUUUUACUGUGCUCUAUCUGCAUAUUCAAUUUACACUUUUGAGUUAUGGAUGCUAUAUUUUCCAUUUGAAUUUUUUCACUUUUCAGCCAAAGACCACAGGGAAAGAGCUCUUUGAUUUGGUUGGACGCACAAUUGGCUUAAGGGAGACUUGGUACUUCGGCCUACAGUAUGUUGAUUCUAAAGGUUAUGUGGCCUGGCUGAAAUUGGAUAAAAAGGUAUGAAAGAUUAAUAAAUUUCAAAUUUAAGUGAAUUUCCGGCAGCAAUAACAUUGAUGAUUGAUGUGAAUAAUGUACAACUUAAUAAAUAAGCAAAGUAAUUUGCUAAAUACUCUCACCAAAAAUAAAUAAAUACAAAAUUGACAUUUUUUGGAGAUGCGAGACUGAAUUUGUUUACAUUUUGUUGGUUGUAUAGGUUCUAGACCAAGGAGUUUCUAAAGAAUCGCAGAUCCAGUUUACUUUUUUGGCCAAGUUCUACCCAGAGGAUGUAAUGGAGGAGUUGGUUCAAGAAAUCACUCAGCAUCUCUUCUUUCUGCAAGUAUGGAUUCUUCACAUAACUAUAUAUAUUUAUGAUUAGAGUGUUGUAUGUGUCAACAAUUGAAAUGUGUAGCAAUGUUAGUAUCAUUAUUGAGUCUAGUACAGUCUGUGGGUUUAUCUGUCUUUCCAGGUGAAGCAGUCCAUACUGAACAUGGAUAUCUACUGCCCACCAGAGGCCUCUGUUCUACUGGCUGCGUUUGCUGUGCAGGCCAAGUAUGGGGAUUAUGACCAGACCACGUACCAGCCAGGAAUGUUGGCCUCUGAUGACCUCCUGCCCCAGCGCGUGUUGGAUCAGUACCAGGUGAGCGGAGGUGUAGACAUCAAUGGCAGUGGUUUCAUUUUAAACUCAUUGCGAUUGAUAGACAUAAUUUUCCAUUAGGGGAUAAUAAAGGUCAAGUCCAUUGAGCAUGUGCUGGAUUAAAGGUCCCAUGUUAUUUAGGAAAUUAUUUAUGAUUGGUGCAUAGUUAACUAGUUUUUAUAGUCUAUCCUUAAAGGGUCAACCAGAUUCAUUCACUUUUAGCACAACCCACCCACCCACCCCUUCCCUGUUUAAAUAGUUUAAAAUCUUUCAAUAAAUAAAUGAUAAAAUCAAGCAGAAAAUUGCACUUUGCAUUGAGAAAGGAGUUAAUUGACUAUCAAUAAUGCCUGGACUAGAUCUUAACAAAGCUGUGGCGCAAUGGUAGCAUUGUCUGCCUCUGAACCUAGAGGUAGUUUGGGAUUUGAAUUUAUCUGGUGUGGUCCACAUUUGAGGACAAUCAACUAGUAGGAAUUGAUAUCCAAGCAAAUAAGGAGGUUGUCCCUGAGGGAAAAGCUUCAAUCGACAAAAUCAAAUGACAACUAGGAAUGGGAUUAAAAAUCAGUUGUUAACGCCAUUUGUAUUUGAAAAAUUAAUAAAGAUCUUCAAAAAUUCAUCUGUAUUAUAAUUUAUAAUUUACACCAUCCCUACUUCUAUUUUAUAGAUGACUCCUGCUAUGUGGGAGGAAAAGAUCCAGUUUUGGUAUGCCAAGCGUCGGGGUAUGACAAGGUAAGUGUAAAGAAAGAAGGGUGGGACUAUAAAUAAUGUGAAUUGAAAUUAACCGAAGACAGAACAGAGUGUUGGAGUCAGUAGUUAAAACAUCAAAUCAGCCUCUAGCUCUUAAUAUCAGUUUGAUUCCAUCAAACAAAAUUUUUAUCAGAGAAAGAAUGUUUAAAUAACUGUCUGCAUACUUACAGCACAAAUACUCAUUGCCAUAGGCUACAUUAUUUUGAUUCAGGUUUUGAUUCUCCUGGCAUUAUUAUAAUAGCACAUCUGUAUAAUGUAUCUCAACAGUGACGAAGCUGAAAUGGAAUAUCUAAAAAUUGCCCAGGACUUGGAGAUGUAUGGAGUCAACUACUUUCAAAUCAAAGUAAGUGUUCAACUAUCUACACAGUUUUUUUUGUGAACAGUUUUAUGUCAGUUUCAAAGGGUGUGAUGGCUAAUUAUAUUAGAGUUCAUAUUGAACUUAGAACCAUUGAACAUUUGUUUUUUUUUCAAGAAUAAUAUCCUGAAAUCUUAUUUUCUCUUUGAAAAUGUUAACGAAUUAAGUAUAUUAAUUUCAUUCUCCAUCUGAUUUCAACAUUGAUAUUUAAAAAAAUUAUCCAGAAUAAGAAAAACACAGACUUAUGGAUUGGAGUAGAUGCAAGGGGAAUCGGAGUGUAUGAUAGAGACAACAGACUGUCACCCAAAGUCGCCUUCCCCUGGAGUGAAAUAAAAAAUAUCUCAUUCAAAGACAAAAAGGUAAAGUCUAUUGCUUGUUCAGCAAGAUUCAUUUACAUAUGAAAUAGCGCUAGUUGUUUUAUCCUUUAAUAACUAGGUAUUGGUAGCAUCAACUGAAGAAGAUUAAUGUUUGUAUGAGACAAUAAAUUCAUGUGUCAUUUGUUCUGAUCCACAGUUUACUAUAAAGAAUGUUAGUAAAAAGGAUCCCGACUUUGUGUUCUAUGCCCCAAAACCUAGAAUAAAUGAAUUGGUAAGUAAAUUUGUGGUGAUGUUGGUUAGGGUGAUGCUGAUGUAGUGGUGAUUUUUUUUUAGCAAGUAAUCAUCCUUCAGUUCACAUCAUGUCUGUAGUGAUUGCCCAGUUGGUUGUUCAGAUGUUGAUAUGUUCAAAUAUGAUUAUUCUGUAACUCUCAAUUCAUAUUAGAAAUCAAAUGUGUGGUUUUUUUUUCUUUUGUGUUGCAAGCUGUAACUUUUUCAAGUUAUAAAUUAUUAAAGUCAUGUACCAUAUUUUUUGGGUAAAAAACUGCCCUUUGGUUACAGACGAGUAUGAACGGUAAUUUGAAAAUUUUUAUAAUUUUUGGUAUUCUAUCUUUCAGAUUUUAGAAUUAUGUGUUGGAAACCAUGAGCUGUUCAUGAGGAGGAGGAAACCCGAUUCAAUGGAAAUCCAGCAAAUGAAAGCGCAAGCUGCAGAUGAGAAAGCCAGGAAGCAGGUCAGCUUCACAGGGAUUUACCAUAGCAGGGACUCUUAAAAUACACAUGGAAGCACUGAAAUUUUCCUCAAAUAGUAUUGAUCAUACCUCAAACAAUUGUUGAUCAUAUCUCAAACCACUGUUGAUCAUAUCGUAAACCACUGUUGAUCAUAUCUCAAACUACUGUUGAUCAUAUCUCAAACCACUGUUGAUCAUAUCUCAAAUCACUGUUGAUCAUAGUAAUGGGGUUUGAAAUUGGAAAACAACAAAAUAACUUCAUUUGAUAUUUUACAAUUCAAAAGCCUUAGGUUUAAAGUGUGUGAGCUAGCAGCCUUUGAAACUUACAUGUUAACAUUCUGAUUAAAACGGUCAUGGUAUUAUUAGAGUGGUGGUUUGCCUCUAAGAAACUUGAAUAUCCAAACUUUCUGUGACAAUGUGUAGUGAGAAUAAUAACAAAAUCCUGACAAUCAAUGAACGAUAUUGACAUUUUUUUGGUUUAAUUUUGAAGUUUUUUGUGAAACUACAAACUAAAGUUUUGUUUAACUCUUUCAUAAUCUCCUUAUAAUUUGUAUAUGAUGUGAAUGUCUUUGAGCUGACUGGAAAUGCCCUGUUAUAAUGCUCCCUCCUCUUGGCAUCUUAAGUAUCCAUUGCACAUUCCUGGGUGACAAACAUCAUAUUCAAUGCUUCUACUGUACUGGUACAUCACAGUUCACCCGAAACACUACUCAAAUGUCAUUACAGAAAGAUUCAUGGUAGUUUUAUUCUUUAGAUGGACAGAUCUAGGCUUGCCAAGGAGAAGCAGCUCAGGGAAGAGGCACAGCGAGAGAAAGAAGAACUAGAGAGGAGGCUUUUUGCCAUGCAGGAGGAGACACGACAAACUCAGGAGGCCCUGGUGAGUGAUUGGAUACUUUGAAGGGCUUUGGGGGAUUAUUAUCAAAGAAAUUCCAGGAAAUCUAAUCUCAUCAUCAAAUAAUUUUUUUAAAAAUUGUGGAUUAUUUCUAAGUGUGAUUAGGGAGGCAGUUCUCACUAAUAGUUAGAUCCUAUCCUAUGGUAAUAUAUCUUUUUAUUCUUGUGUCUUAAAAUCACAGCAUGGUCCAAAAAUUAAUCAGCUUUCCUUUGGAAAUUCUAAAACUUUAAUUUUAAGAAGUAGAUCUUUUGGUACCGGUAGUUUUCCAAUAACACAGCUGGUGUGUUUAUGCAGAUGAGAUCAGAGGAGACAGCAGAGCUCCUUCAUGAGAAGAUGACAGUAUUAGACGAGGAGGCUAGACUUCUCACCCAAAAGGCAGCAGAAGCCGAGGCGGAAGUUCAAAGAAUCAAACUAACAGCAAUCAAAGUGAGCUGGAAAUUGUCACAGGAUUUUUAGACUAACUGAAAAACUUAACCAUACUGCUGUUUUUAAAAACAAUUUUGAUUCUUUUGUGGCUAUACUUACUAGAUUAUUAUGUUUUAGCAUAUGGUAAAAUAUAAUAUUAUGUUCAAUUACUUCAGUUUGGACAUGUCAUAAGUAGCCAACAUUUGGGAAAUAAUUUGUUAACAAAUAUCUUUAGAAUUAAAUUAUCAGUUUAAAUUGUUUAUUUGGCCCAAUGCGGUAUUUGUCAUUACAAUAUCAAAAUUCAAAUCUUUGAAUGUUUGUCCUGUGGUGUUUUAAGUCAAUUUUAUGUUUUUUGUUGACGUCCAGACAGAAGAAGAAAGGAUGUACCUAGAACAAAGAGCCCGUGAUGCAGAGAUCAUAGCCACAGCCGUUAUUGAAGACUCAGAAAGAAGGUGAGCAAAUAGUGCAAUAAUUUCCUAAGUUCUCUAAUUCCAGUGUUGUAUCUUAAUUAAGUUUAUUAGUAUUAUUGGGUUUAACACAAUCACCUCACACCAAAAUAACUUCUGUGAUAUGCUUUGUGUAUCCAAGUAUUUUCUGUUUGUGUUGUGAAGGCUGGUGGUGUCUGGGGUAAAUGCAAAUGAUUUUCUCACAUUUCUCUGUGCCUGUACAAGUAAUUUGGAGUUUUUCAGUCUAAAAAGCAUUCUCACAUAAAUGAGUUCUUAAGAAUAUAUCAAAUGUAGCAUCACUUAGAAACAUAGCACACUGAAACCUUUUGAAAAAUCUUUUUUUAGAAACAUUUGCUGCAUUCAAAGACUUUUUUUAUCGAGCUGGCUUUUAUUAUAAGCACAUUCAAUGUAAAUCUCACAGCAAGAAUAAUGCAUUAGUCUAAAACCCAUUGUUAUCAGAGCAACAGAAGCAGAGCAGCUGAGAGAGGAGUUGAAGAGGGCGCAGAUGGCCGAGAAAGCGGCAAAGAGAAGAUUAAUGGAAAUUACUCAAGGGGACUACACAAGUGUAAGUGAAAGGACAGUUUAAAAGUGUGAUUUGUUGUUUUUUUGUACAUAUGCUGAGUUUUCUUUGCAUCUCUGACAUUGUAAUAAACUUGAAAUGUUUUUUCUUAAUGAGGAAUUUUUUUUGUGUGUAAGCAAAAUUAAUUCUACAUUAAAUUGUCUAGGAAAUAAUUAUAAGAAAUUUAUCAAUGAAGUGUGAAGAAAAUUAUUGUAUUUUCAUAAGUGGAGUUUUUUGUUGGUCAUUUGCCUUGUCAGUUCACCAACUCCCUUCCACCACAAUUAAAAACGAUCCACUUUAUCCAACCGGGCCUCUCUUUGAUUCAUAACAUUUUGUAAUAAUGAUGUUGUCACUUAAAUCUAAAUCUCAUAAAAAAAGAUUUCUUUCAUCUGCCUCUUCUUUAUUGGUUAAAGUUAAGCUGUCAGAAGUUUGUGUCUGCAUGGUUGAGAGGCAUUUAAUUUUGUCUGCAUUUAUUCUGCGGCCAUCAUUGCAUUGAUUAACAGGACCUUUGGUGGUGUCUGCAUUGAUUCAAAUGUUGAUUGUCUUGAAAACGUGUCAAGUCUUUGUUCUAUAAGUUGUUGUCUUGUUUUUGAAUGGUUCUUUGAUGGGAAGUGGGGGGGGGGGGGGGUUUUUGAUCUUCAAAUUCAAGAUUUUGCAUUUUAGUUUAUUUAAAUAAAUGGAGAGAAAUAGCCAUAAUUAUGGAAACUAUUGAACACAAAUUUUCAUUAAGGUUUCUAUGCACAUAUUACUUUUUUUUUUUUUUAAAACAGAGUUUUUAAUAAAUUUGUGAUGUUUAAUGUAAUGUUUUUUUUUUCCUAUCCAGCCAUUUAUGUUCCCAUCCUUGACCUCUGAGCUGAACUCCAUGCCACACUUUGGGAAUGCUGGGAAUUUCCUCGAGCUCUACUCUGGAAACAUUGACCAGUUGAACAUGGAGAUGGAGAAGGAAAAGUGAGAGUUUUUGUGUUUAUUGUUUGGGAACCAUGUAAAGUUUGAAAAAUAUGGAUGGCAAUGGGACGAGGACAUAAACUGUUGAAGAAAAGGCUGCGGCAACUGCCUGUUUAAGAAGAAAUUACAUUAUGAAGGUUUUGAACUUUGUGAGCAAGUGAAAGGGAUCUAUACUAUUUAAUUGUGGCAGUCACCAAGUGUAAUAUACAUUGGAAAUAUUGGCUAUCCAGAUUUACUUAACAUCCACACACUGGCCAGAUAAGAUUAUUUAGCUUGUUUUCACCCUAACCACCACACAGCAGAUCACAAUAUUUCCUAAAGGAAAACUGUCUAGGACUAAAUUUUCUCAUUUUAAAAAAUAAAUCCACCUCGGUAGGAAGUAACAACAGUGCCCCCUAGUGCCAACAACAGUGCCCCCUAGUGCCAACAACAGUUGCUGUCAUGCAAUUCUUCUUAUAACAACACAACUCUGCAUGACUAAUUUAACAUAUAAUUCACAUGCAGUGCAUUUUUUCUACUGUUUGGGCUAAGUAAAAUUGAUAGUUUUUAUAAAAUAAAAAAUUUAAAUUAAUUUUUAUUUUAAAAAACAAAUCAAAUCAAAUUCAUAACAAAAGCUCCAGACAAAUGUGUGGUAUGGUUAAGAUAAAAAUUUAACUGAAAACCUCAUGCCAUCUUUACAAAUUUGGUAAUGAAUCACCACAGCUUUCACUCCACAUCUAGAGCGGCCUUCACAACUCAAAAUGUAAGGCGGGCCGUAAUAUUUUAUGAAAAACUUGUGUGGGCCAAAAGAAAAUAGGACAGGACUUGUGCAGGCAAAAAUGAGCAUAGGACAGGGGGGAAGCUAUUAAGAAAAUAAUAUGAAUAAAAAAUAAUUCGUUACUUCUCGGGCCGUAUGUUGUGCAGGCCUGAUGUCGGGAGUAUAAAAGAUCUAUGUGAACAAAAUUAUUCUGUUUGCAACAGGCGAGAGUACAUCUCCACCAGCAAAACAUUGGAAGACCAACUGAAAGAACUGAGGACAGAGAUUGAGGUGUUGAAGGUCAGUGAGAAGUCCAGCACAUUGGACAGGAUCCAUGAUGAGAGCAUUCAGAGGGGAGAUUCAAAAUAUUCCACUUUGAGGAAGGUAAAAAUCCGUAGUUUUUAUUCUUCUAAAUUAAUAAAAAGAUCCGCUACGUUGACUCCAUACAGUGUAAACCAAAUUCAUAAUUUUACAUACCUACAAUGUCUUUGUCCUGUUUGGUUUUUAUAUCAUGCUUCCUCUCCACUUUCUUUUUGUUAGGGACUUGUGCCCAUUGUUAUUCUUUUCUUUUGUCCUUUAGGUAUAGGUAUCAUAUAUAGAUAUAUAUUGUAAAUUUAAUUUAUUAUUAUAUUUAAUGAGUUUUGUUGUACUGAUGAAAGCAUUUAAUUUGUAUAUUGGUCUGAUUAUAAUUAAGUCUUAUUAUAUUUUUAUUUUAUUUUCAUAAAUUGGUUGUCUCAUUGUUCUUCUAAAUUGAAUUAUGUUUUUAUUAAUGGUCAAAAAUGAAAGUGAAAAUAGAAUUUUAGUUGUACAAGAAUAAAGCAAGAAAAGAAAACAACUAUUUAACCACUUUACUUGCUAUGAGAAAAAAAAUUAUUUCUUGAUGCAUUAUUCUAUUCCAGCCUAAAAAUUCACUUGCUAUUUUUUCUACCGGGUAUACACUUUUCGAUACCAUGUCCAAAACAAUUUAUUGGUCUCUAAUCCAGGUCACUGCCAACUCUGCGAAAUCUCGCGUUGCCUUCUUUGAAGAGUUGUGAGGGCCAUCGUCUUCAUAUCUGUGAUGCCUUGCAAAAACCUACACUGUGCGUGAGGGUUAUGGUUUUCAUUUCUGUGAUGCCUUGAGAAAACCUACACUGUGCGUGAGGGCCAUGGUCUUCAUUUCUGUGAUGCCUUGAGAAAACCUACACUGUGCAUGAGGGCUAUGGUCUUCAUUUAUGUGAUGCCUUGAGAAAACCUACACUGUGCCUUCGGCUUGAAGUAUAACACCCCUGAUACAAAACUCCUGUUAAUUUAUUUUUAAGUAAAAUCACAUAAGAAGAACUCUGUAAAAGCAGCAUUCAUACUGGAUACAACGGAGAGUCUUCCUUUCGUUAUGACCUUUUUCUAUUUCUUUUUUUUAAACAAGUGACUUUUGAGUACAUUUUAGUUAAUGUAGGAGAUUACAUAAUACAUGUUUUUUUAAAGCUCUAGUUUACAAUCAUACUUGCUGUUAAAAAUAUGUUCCUGAAUUUUCCAAUUAUUGAGCAAUCAUUGUUUUAUUGAUUGUGUUGGCAGUGACUAAUUUUAUCAUAUUAUUUUUUUCUUCAAUCUUCUUCACUUCAGAAUUUAUUAAUUAACAUUUUUGUGUGUGUAAAAAUUGAACAUUCAAGUCAUUACUAAUCCUUUGACUGAGAAGAGAAUAAAAACAAUUUUAAAAGUAACAUAGAACACUACAAUAAAUCUGAGAAAGGCCCCGUAAGGGAGAGUACUUCAAUCAAUGAAAAAUAACUUUAGUUACAGUUGGUGUUUCAAAGUUGUGAGAUUUAUUUUUUAAACUUUUUUUUUUUCAAGUGCAAUUUUAUAUAUAAACGUCUCAUGUAUAUACAAACUAUAACUGAUGUCAAUGUUUAACCCAUUUAUAAACAUGUAUUCAAUGCAUUUAAGAAAUUUGUCACCUGUAAUUGUUGCAUGUGAUUUCUAGGAGGCUUAUGAACAGAAUUGUUUUGUUAUCCCCUUAUUUUAUGUUUCAUUAUAUGGUACAGUACUUAACAUUUCUCCACUUUCUUGUUUUCUGAUUCAAUGCCAGGCACUAGGACUAAGAAUUAUGACGUGUAUAGAAUCUUGUUUGUCAUUAAUUUACUUAGAAAGUGUUACAUUGAACCAGGAAUGAUAUGCUACGUUCUAUAUGUGAUUAUGAAAUAUAAUAGCUAUACGAUACUUGGCAGUGAUGCUGUUCCUAAUAAAUUGAACCUGUUACAUAACUCUUUUCAAGAAAUCAAGGAUACUAAUAAUACUAAUAUAAAUCUUGAAUUUUACUUUUUUUUUUUAAAUAUGUCAAGAAGAUUAUAAUAUUUUGAAACUUAUACUUCAGUUUAAAAUAUCCACAAUGGAUAAAAAAUAACUGAAUAACAAACAUUAGAUAUAAGUUUCCAUGUUGUGACUUUACCACUCCACAGCCUCGUAAGAAAUGGGCCUUAUGGCUUUGUGUUGAUUAAAUAUGUUUGAAGAUAUUGUAAAAUAAAUGCAUGUCGAUCACAUGACAAUAAUUUGAAAGAUGCGUGGCGGUUGUUACUUGUUAAAAAAUAGUUAGUGUGUACCCUCGGAGUUGUGAUUACUUUUAGUUCAUUGAUGAAAAUGUAACAUUGAGUGAUUCUGUGUACUAUUUAUAUUUUAUUAGAGUGAAAAUAUAACACCAUGGAGUGACAUGUAACACCAGUGACAUGCAGCAGAUAGGUGACAUGUAGCACCAUAGAGUGAGUGACAUGUAGAAUAGCGUAAAAUGAAGCAUGGCAGAAUGAUAUGUAGCAUAAAUACAAACAUGUCACAUCAGUAGACUAACAUGUAGCACAUGAAUUAACAUGUAGAAGCACAGAUUAGCCACAUCCAGAAAUUUGGUCAAAUGGAAAUUUUUUGGAAUUAAAUAUUUUUUUUACCUCAGACUUAGACGUGCAUGUGAGAAAUUGGAAGAUUUGUUCUAAAGGAAUUUUGUUCAAACGGAAUUAUUUUCAUUUUUUUUUUCCCAAAGUUAUUAAACUAUUGCUUUUAACUGAAGGGAGUUGACCUUUCGUUGCUGGAUUAGUCAAUUCAAUGAAUCAUUAGACAAAAUAUAACGAGGAGAAUCGCAUGCAGUUACAGCAUAACUUUUAAUCCUCUUCAUUAUUUGAUUCACUUCAGUCAGUUUUAGAGCUAUUGGACUCAUAAUAAUGUUCUUUGCUUUGUUUAGUUACAGCACUAUUAGCAGUUACAGCACUAUUAGCAGUUACAAUUCGACAUGGACUUGAGCACUCUUUGAAGUUUUUGCAGUUCCAAUAAAUUAUAUCGUCACGCUGCUUCUCUUUCUUCAUGUACAUGUGGCCGUCAACAAACUGCUAGUUUUUAUUUAUUUUUGUGUGCUUUUAACAAAGGUUAUUUCAGACAAGGGGGCCAUUAGAGUACUUGGCAUUUAUCAUAUUAAGGGCCUACCCAUUGGGUUGAUACCAUGAAUUACCUAUUUAAAAAAAUAACUUUCUUGUUAUAGAAAUCAGUGUUGUGCUGCAUCACUAAUUCAAUCAGAUAUUCUAUAAAUAAAAACAUUGAAAUGAUAGCAAAGUUUAUAGGAAGUAUGCG